CUAUAACUUUUUAUGGUCAAGUUUAAACUUUCAAUCAAUAAUUUAAGUUUUAAUUUUAAGUGUAAUUUUGUUUUGUGAAACGCGUGCCUAAAAAGUUAUAAGCAUGAAUUCCACCAUACAAUAUCAAAUGCGAAAAAAUCCAAAAAAUAAUGCUAAUAUAAUUUCAAAAAUUUCUUUAAGUUGGCUCGUAAGACUGUUUGUUGAAGGACGGAAGAAAAAUUUUAAUAUUGAAGACUUGUACGAGAUAUCAGAGAGAAAUCAAUCGAAAACUGUUGGUGAUCUUCUAGAAAAACACUGGAAUGAAGAACUAUCAAAAUAUGCAACAGACCCUAAUUAUAAACUAAGCUUAACAAAGGCAUUAUUUAAAACAUUUUAUCCAUCAAUGAUGAUACAAUUCGGUUUAUUAUUUUUUUUACAAGUAGUUAUAAGUGUUUUAGCACCAAUUUUUAUUGGACAUUUAAUUGAAAAUUAUUCACAAUAUCAAAAUGGUAUCACAGACGAUUAUUUUUAUGUUUAUUUAUUUGGUACUUUAAUAUUUUUAAACACAUUUGUAUCAGCAUUUAUACAACAUAAUUAUGCAAAAUCUACGCUACUAUUAGGAAUGAAAGUACGUGUUGCGUGCUGUUCUCUAAUUUAUCGAAAGAUGCUACGUUUAAAGUUAUCUGCGUUAUCACAAACAUCCAAUGGACAAAUAACAAAUCUAUUAUCAAACGAUGUAAAUCGAUUUGAUAAUUUAUUCUAUUAUUUUUAUCAUAUUUUCACAAUACCAUUUCAAUUAAUUGUAGUAUUAAUAAUUACAUGGAUGCAAAUUCAAUCAGCGUGUCUCACUGGAUUCUUAAUUUUAGUUAUGAUCACCAUUCCAGUUCAAGGAUUUAUUGGAAAAAAGAAUGGUGCUUUACGUCAAAAAAUUGCUAAACUCACCGACAGAAGAGUGCUAUUAAUGAAUGAAAUUAUUUCGGGUAUUCAAGUCAUAAAAAUGUAUGCUUGGGAGAUACCAUUUGAAAAAUUUGUUGAAAUUGCACGUUUCAAUGAAAUAAAAAAGAUUAAAACAAGUAAUUACUAUCGAGCAGCAAGCUUUUCUGGUGUUAAUUUUACAGAACGAAUAACAAUAUUUACAGCAACUGUUACAUUUACAUUACUCGGGAAUGCAUUGAAUUCUGUAAAAGUUUUUUCGAUGUAUCAAUGUUUUAAAAUAUUUCAAAGAUCUGUAUCCUUUUAUUAUCCAACGGCGAUGUUAAUGACCACAGAAACUAUAGUUUCAAUAAAGCGUAUCCAAACAUUUUUACAACUUGAGGAACAAGAUUUCUCAAAUAUUAUCCCUCCGUCCGCAGAAAACAAUCAUUUGAGUAUAAAGGCAUCCCCUUGUAUUGAGGAAAAAAGUGAGCGUGGAGACUUAGUAUUUGAAAAUUAUACUGGAUCAUGGCUGAAAAACAAUCCGGUUUUAAAGAAUAUAUCCACAAAAAUUAAAAAUGGUGAAAUUUGUACAAUAAUUGGACCAGUGGGUUCUGGUAAAAGUUCUCUAUUGCACGGUAUUCUCAACGAAGUAAAUGUUGACAAUGGUAAUAUAUUUGUAAAUGGGACAGUUUCGUACAGUUGUCAAGAAUCAUGGCUGUUCAGUGGUUCAGUUCGAAAUAAUAUAUUAUUUGGAUUACCUUAUGACGACGUCAAAUAUAAGCAAGUUGUUGAAGCGUGUUCGCUGGCUGAAGAUUUUUUACAGUUCCCAUAUGCCGACAAUACGCUAGUGGGGGAUAAAGGUGCAUCGUUAAGUGGUGGACAAAAAGCUAGAAUUAACUUAGCAAGAGCAAUUUAUCGUGAUGCUGAUAUUUAUUUAUUGGACGAUCCAUUAUCGGCUGUUGAUGCAAAUGUUGGAAAACAUAUUUUUCAAGAAUGUUUUGAAAAUUAUUUGGGUAAUAAAACUCGAAUAUUGGUUACUCAUCAAAUCCAACAUUUAAAAAACGUGGAUCAUAUUAUUGUAUUGAAAAAUGGUGAAAUAGAAGCUGAAGGUACUUACGACGAAUUGGUGGCAAAGAAUUUAGAAUUUACAAAAUACUUAAGGUCGAAUACAGACGAAAAUGAUGAAUCGAAAAAUAAUAAUAAACAAGUUAAAAAUUCGAAAAAUAAAGAGGUAAUAACAGCGUCUGUUGAAUCACUCAAACCAAAAAUAAAAGAUGAAGAAAUGUCUAAGAAUAAAAUCAAAACACAUUUGUUUUAUAAAUAUUUUAUGUCGGCUGGAAAUAUUUGGUGGCAUUUAGCUCUUUGUUUUUUGAUGAUCCUAAGUCAAUUAAUAAAUAAUUUCACUGAUUAUUGGCUAUCCUAUUGGACUAAUUUAGAAGAAGUCAGACAAAAAAAUAAAUUGAAUCCCCUCGAAAUUAUUCCGUUGAAUGGCUCUGAUUCUACACACGUUUCAUAUGAAUUAGACGAUCAUUUAAUGACAACAGGCAGAGCUAUUUUAAUUUAUGGCAUACUUUUAAUUGUGAUAGUAUUUUUGGGAUUUGCGAAAAAUGCUUACCUCAUGUCCUUAUGCAUGCGUUCAUCCAGAAAUUUACAUAAUACAAUUUUUAAUCUUCUAUGUCGAGCUCCAAUGCGAUUCUUCGAUAAAAAUCCUGUUGGCAGAAUAUUAAAUCGAUUUACAAAAGAUAUGGGAGCUGUAGAUGAAAUUUUACCAAAAUCCUUUAUGCAUACUUGGCAUGUAAUAUCAGUAUUAAUCGGUAUUGGUACAUUAAUUUCAAUUGUUAAUCCGAUUUUAUUGAUCCCAACGAUAAUUUUAAUUUUACUUAUCAUAAAAACCCAAGAUAUUUACAUGAUGACUGCCCAAGAUAUUAAACGUCUUGAAGGAAUAACAAAAAGUCCCGUGUUUUCUCAUACUUCGUCGACACUCGAAGGCUUAACAACAAUCCGUGCUAGUAGAGUCGAAAAAGAGCUACUGGAUGAAUAUGAUCAACAUCAAGAUGUUCAUACCGCUGCUGCCUAUUUAGCUGCUGUUUGUGGUGUUAUUUUAGGAUUGUGGGUAGACAUGCUUUGUGGUUUUUAUUUAAUGACGGUUACUACUAGUUUAGUGUUCUUUUAUCGAACGCAUUUUACUGGCAGUGAAAUUGGUCUAGCUUUAUCGCAAGCGUUAAAUUUAUUAUUUGUGGUACAAUUUGGUAUUAAAGAAGCAUCUGAAAUGAUAAACCAAAUGACUGGUGUGGAAAGAAUAUUAGAAUAUACAAAAAUUAAAUCAGAAGGACCAUUUGAUACACCUGAAGAUACUAAAGUUCCAGAAACUUGGCCAAAUAAUGGUGUCAUCAAGUUCAAUAAACUUUGUAUGCGCUAUGAAGAAACGGAACCAAAUAUUUUAAAAGAAAUUAGCUUAGAUAUUCAUUCUGGCGAGAAGAUAGGAGUCGUUGGCAGAACAGGCGCUGGAAAAUCAUCAUUUAUUUCAUCACUGUUUCGUUUGGCGAUCAUUGAUGGUGAGAUCAUUAUCGAUGAUGUGAACAUAACAAAAAUUGGAUUGCAUGAUUUACGAUCCAAAAUAUCCAUAAUUCCACAACAACCUGUGUUAUUUAGUGCUACGUUACGUUUUAAUUUGGAUCCCUUUAAUAAAUAUGAAGAUCAUGUUUUAUGGGAUGUUUUAGAAGAAGUGAAACUUAAAAAUGUGGUUACAAGUUUGGAUUUUGAAGUUCAAAGUGGUGGAACUAAUUUUAGUAUUGGACAACGUCAAUUGAUAUGUUUAGCUCGUGCAAUUUUGAAGCAAAAUAAAAUAUUAGUUUUGGAUGAAGCCACAGCUAAUGUGGAUCCACAUACUGAUGCUCUAAUUCAACAAACAAUUCGUGAUAAGUUUAAAUCAUGCACUGUGAUAACUAUUGCUCAUCGUUUAAACACAAUUAUGGACUCAGAUAAAGUUUUGGUGAUGGAUGCAGGAUUCAUGGUAGAAUUUGAUCAUCCACAACGGCUAUUACAAAAUAAAAAUGGAGUAUUUUACAAAUUACAUCAAGAAAGCAAUGGUUCACAAAUAUUUCAUAAUAAUAAUUUCAAUUCUUGAUUUUUUUAGUUCAGAUAAAAAUUGUUUUUUUAUUUAUUGUGUUUUCAUUUUAUUGUCGUUAGGAUAUUGGAAAUAAAGUAUAAAAUCGCUGUAAUUUCUUAAAUUUAUGAUACUGAGUACGUCUUAGACAAAUACUUAUCCGACAAAUCAAUACGCGGUACUUUUUUUUGCACAAUAUUUGGCUAUUCUUGUUCCUUUUAAGCUCCUCCGGUGCUUAUUUUAGAAUAUCCAAUAACGUGUUAAAUUUCGUCAAGGCAAUCGGAAGUCCAAGACCAGUGAAAAAAAGAAAAAAACACAAUGUUUGAAAUGAUAAACUAUUCUUGCAACGGGCGUUUUUCAUUCUCAGAACAUGAGUGUUAUUUUAAUUCAAAUAUUGACUGAUGGUACGUACCGUCAGGAGUUUUUUAAUUUUAAUCAAAAAAUAAGAAAUACUAGAUAAAUUUUUAAUUGUAAAUAGUAACACAGUCUCUUAAACUAAAAUAUGAACAAUAAAAAUCGACUUUUGAACAUAUUUAAUCAAUUAAAUUCCCGUACCGAUCGAAAAAAUCGCCGAUCAAUUUGUGGUUUUAUUACAAAUAUCUUGUUAGUGAACGUUAGGUGAUAGUAGUAAAUUGUUAAGGUUUUUUAAGUUUACUGGUAAGUUUAUUAUAUUUAAAUAUGUUAAAAUAUUGAUUGGAAUACUUAAAUAAAUAAAUUGUUUGAAAGCUU